CUCUGGUGCCUGGCCAGUCCACCCAGGGUUCCCACGGGGCUGGCGGCACCUUGGUGAUGUGUAGGUGUCAUUGGCAUGUGGACAGGCAGCCUCCUGCCUCUGCCCUGCUCAGCUGGAGCCGUGACCCCCGCUUCCUGUGGCCCAUCGAAGUGGGUGGGUGGGGGUACUGCUUGCCAGCUUCCGAUCCUGGGGCUGGGGAAUGAGGCCGGGAGAGCCAGGAGUCUCGGCUUUGUCCUUGAAGUGAUGACGUGGAGAAGCAGCAGAAGAUGCUGGGCUGUAAACAGGGCUGGUCUUUCCUGAUUGGGUGGCCUUAGUUUCCCUGCAGGGAUGCAGCUUGAGGGAGAUUCUGGGUGACCUAGUUUCUCAGGGGUGGGGAUAAGAACAAGCCCUGGACUAUGGGCAUGGCUGGCCCUCUUCCAGUCUCGAUGCAGCUUUUGGGCUGGCAGAGCCGUCUUAAGCCCCUGUUCUGAUAGGUAUGGGGGCCCCAGAUCAGUUUCAGGGGGGGUGUCCUGCCUCCCUGUCCCCACCACCCCUGUGUGUGGGGGGAGGUCCUCUGUAGGAUGAGAGGUGAGAGCCAGGAGUACAGCCACAAGCUUCAUGGAGGGGGCGGGACGCAGCGCAGUCUGGCGCCUCCCUGGGCCAGGGCUACAAAUACCCCUGGAGCCAGGGCACCAGCGCUGCUGUUGCACCAGCCCUUGCAGUCUGUCUCACAGACACACCCCCAGCCUGGACCUCAGACCUCUACUGGGACGCAGAUCCUGAGCCUAUCCACACCCCUCAGGUGCGUUCAGUGUGGGAGUGCUGAGUGGGGGCUGGAUGGGAAUGGACUCUCAAUAUUGGGGCCUCAGUUUCGCUGUGGAGGAGGAGAAUGAACAAGGCUGUGAGCCCAGCAGCACCCUGGGGAGACCUGGAAAGCAGUAGGGGGCGGAGGUGCCUUGCGGCGGGCAGACUGUGGGAGGCAGGACCUACCCGGCCCUGGGUCCCCACGGCCAAGAUGAAGAAUGGGCUGGUGUGACCCACUUCAGGUCCGCGCUCACGCCCGGCCGUGUCUGUCCCUCUACGAUCGUCCACUCCGCGCCAUGGGCGGGCCCCUGACCUUAUUGGCCGCGCUCUGGGCGCUGGGGGCUGCCGGAGCCCAGGCGCUGCGCAUCGGAGCUUUCAACAUCCAGAGCUUCGGCGACAGCAAAGUGUCAGACCCGGGCUGCGGCGGCGUCAUCGCGCAAGUGAGGCUGGGGGCCCGGGGCGGGGUCGCGGCUGGGCUCCUCGGGCUGAUCUGCGCAGCCAUGGAGUUGGUGUUGAUUCCGCUGCACGCGGCGCCGCACCAAGCUGUGGCCGAGAUCGACGCGCUCUACGACGUGUACCUGGACGUGAUUGACAAGUGGGGCACCGAUGACAUCCUGUUUCUGGGCGACUUCAAUGCCGACUGCAAAUACGUGCGAGCACAGGACUGGCCGGCCAUCCGCCUGCGCAGCAGCGAGGUCUUCAAAUGGCUCAUCCCGGACAGUGCUGACACUACGGUGGGCAACUCCGACUGCGCCUACGACCGCAUUGUGGUCUGUGGCUCCCGCCUGCGCAAGAGCCUGAAGCAUCAGUCAGCCACUGUGCACGACUUCCAGGAGGAAUUCGGCCUGGACCAGACUCAGGCUCUGGCCAUCAGUGACCAUUUUCCUGUGGAGGUGACCCUCAAGUCCCACUGACAGCCCCGGGCCCUGGCUGGGGCAGAGCCUGCAGACUCUGGCCACAGGAGCAAGCCCCACAGGACUCCUCCAGCGUGGCCAGCCAACCCCCAGCAAGGCUGCAGGGCACGGGCAGCUGGGCCUGGACAAGUGAUGGGACCGCUCAGAGCCCGUUUCCCCAUCUGUGAAAUGGGCUGCCACCACCUACCUCAUAAGGUUGUGAGAAACCCCUUCCAGCAUGCUGGGCACGCAACUGAGCUCAAUAAACAGCACACGCUAAGCCAGGGCCCCACACACAUGUGGGCUCGGACUCCUCCAGGUCCCUUCUUAGGGCUCAGCCCUUCUGGUACACAGACCUUGAUCCUGCCAACCAGCAGAUCCCUGGUCCCAGCCCACCUAGGGGACAAGGACAGCCUGGCCUGCCCACACCAUCUUUUCUGCUGGGAACCAACCAUGUCCAGACCGGGCUGGCUCCAGAAGACAGUGCCUGUGCUCACUGGCAGAAGCUUCUUGCUCUUUGUGUAAACUAAGUGCUUCCAAGCACCUGAACUGAGUGCACAUGGGGUAAGUGCUCUCACACACACGGCGCGUGGAUGUGCAAGGCCACCCUCCCAAUCCUCAGUGAUCCUCCUCCAGCCCCGGUUCCCAGGUCUGCAGGCCUCUAGCAGCACUUGUGGGUACGAGGGUCCUGCCCCACCCAGCACUGCAGUUGGUGGGGGGAGGUCAGGAAGGUUGUCCCCCUGCCCCAAGCUGGUUGGCAGCCCUGGGACUUGUGGAGAGCCCCUCGUUGGUGAGCAGGCAGGCUGGGUGAGGGUUCCGCCCAGAGAACCCCAACAACUGUGGUACAGCCCCUUCAAAGGUGCCUUCCUGGUAGCUUCCUCCUCAGGAGCCCUGAGCUGGGCAAAGGUUGGCCAGGGAGGACAGUGGCCUGCGCCUGGGGUAAGCCCAUCCCAAGGGUGGGGGACACGCAGAACUGGGGUACACAGUGUAACUGACAGGGACCUGAUGAGGUUGGUUUUCGAAGCAUCUCAUCUUUGGCAAGAUUUAAUUGGCCUGAAUUAUACUAAAGGGUAAAACCUUUGUUUCAAAGA